AUGUGUGGUGGUGGAAUUACUAGGCUUAAGCAGCAUAUCACACAAGUCAAAGGGAAUGUUUCAUCAUGUAUGAAAGCAACAGUUGAAAUUAUAAAUGAAAUUAGACAAAAUGACAGUAUAAAGAAGUUAAAGAAAUCUCACAGGGAUAACGUUGAUGCUAUGUAUCAUCGCACACAAUCUGAUGAGAAGUCUGAUGCUGAUACUGAUGAUGAGGACCAUGAGGUACAAGAAGUUGAAAAAGAUUUUAAUGUGGGCAGUAGUAGUCAAGUAGUUGUUCAGAGUCAGAGUAAAAGAAAAUUCAAGAGCCAAAGUAGUUCUAGGGUUCCAAUGGAUUUACUCAUGCAGACAGACCACCAGAAAACUCAGCAAGCCACUCUUGACAGAAACAGUUCAGCGAAAGAGAAGUUAAAGAAAGAUGCAUGGAAAAGCAUUUCAGCUUGGAUGACUGAGAAAUCUAUAUCUUUUAAUACUUUUCGAUGUCCAAGUUUCCAACAAAUGAUCUAUGCAAUUGGUGAAUAUGGUAAAGCUAUGCCCGUGCCAUCUUACCAUCAGAUUAGCACAAAUCUUUUCAAGGACCAGUUAGCAGAAACAAAGAAGUUUGUUGAUACAUUUAGGAUACAUUGGAAGAGGUAUGGAUGUUCUAUUAUGUCCGAUGGUUGGACAGAUGGGAAAAAGCGACAUCUUAUUAACUUUUUGGUGAAUUGUCCGAAAGGGUCAGUUUUCUUGAAGUCUGUAGAUGCGUCAAACAGAACCAAUGAUGCUGAUUUCAUACGUGAGCUUGUAAAGGAGGUAAUUGAAGAUGUCGGGAAAGAAAAUGUGGUUCAAUUCAUUACUGACAAUGGUUCAAAUUUUAAAAAGGCUGGGAAAGAUUUAAUGCUUGAAUACCCGAAUCUAUUUUGGACUCCUUGUGGUGCUCAUUGUGUCCAGUUGAUGCUAGAAGAACUUGGUGACAAGCUUAUGCGAAUCAAGACAGCCGUCAUUCUAGGUAAAAGACUUGUUACUUACAUUUAUCCUCAUUUUCAAGUAUUGUGCUUGAUGAGGGAGUUGACACGUGCAGACUUACAUAGGUCUACAAAGACUAGAUUUGCAACUCAGUAUUACACACUAAAAAGUCUUCAAAAGUAUAAAACUCCUUUACAAAUGGUGUUUGUGAAUGAUAGGUGGGCAAAAACUAGAUUUUCAAAAGAAACUCUUGGAAUUAAUGCACUUAAAAUUGUUACAAGUAGCACAUUUUGGGAAGAUGUUGAUUAUGCUUGUAGUGUGCUGAAGCCUUUAGUUAAGGUUGUAAGGUUGGUGGACAUCGAGCGCAAACCUACAAUGCCUUAUUUUUAUGAUGCAAUGAGGAUAGCAAGGAAUCAACUAGAGGAGAAAUUCAGUGAAGAUGAUGAUACGUGGGGUGUAAUUAAGGCUUGCUUUGAGAAAAGAUGGAAGAAUAACUUUAAUCAUGCUCUACAUUGUGCGACAUACUAUUUGAAUCCUUCCAUAUUCUACACUAUUGAAGCUUAUGAAAUGGAUAGUGAUCCAAAGUACAUAGAAAUCAAAAGAGGACUUCAUACAACAAUGCAAAGGCUUAUACCCAAUGAAGAUGAACUUGAUGCUGCUACGGGUGAAUUGAGAAAGUAUGCUGAUGCUGUUGGGAUCUUGGGAACUCCGCCUUGCAAAAGAAGAAGAAAUAAGGAUCAACCUCAUGAAUGGUGGAUUACGUUUGGAGGAAUCGAUGCGCCAAACCUACAAAAAUUUGCAAUCAGAGUAUUGAGUCUUACUUGUUCUGCUUCCCCAUGUGAGAGAAACUGGAGCACAUUUCAAAAUUUGCACUCGAAAAAACGAAAUCGCAUAACGCAACAGAAAUUGAAUGAUAGUGUUUUUAUCCAGUAUAAUAAGAAAUUGCAGCGUCGUUACCUAGAAAUCCAACAAUAUAACGAUAAUGAUAAAGUUAAUGAUCCUAUUUUUCUGGAGGAGCGUGAUGAAAAUGAUGAAUGGUUGGAGUUACGAAAUUUGAAUGACUUGGAGGUUCAUGGUGAUUAUGUAACUUUUGAUGAUUUGCAAGAGAUAGUUAGUGAAGAACGUGGGACUGUUGGUAGUAAAGGUGCCAGUAGUUCUCGAAGUAAGUCUACGUAUCCAACUAACUCAGAGUAUGAUGGAUAUGAUACUGAUGACUUGAUGUUGGACACUCAAAAUGGGCUACUCGGUGGUGUCGGGAAUGAUGGAGUUACUUUAGAUGAUGAUAUCUAUGAUGAAUCAAAUUAUAUUGAUUAG